AUAAAGCUGCCGCCGAUCGGCUACCGUGUCGCGAUUUUACGAGGAAUCGAGGUUCAGUGUAGUACGAUGCUCGGUCUCUCGUGGAGGUACUGAAGAUGACGGCGUCACUUGAUCGCUUCCUCGUCGCGCUCUGCGCCGUCCAUAUCAUCGUCUUCGUCGGCGCGAUCUACGAUCCGAGAGCCACGACUACGAAGCCGCCGGAGCGUCGGGAAUCGGUGCUGCCUUGGCAUUCGGCGGCCAAAGGGAACGAGUCGGGGAUUCCAGCCGAGGGAUCUCGCGCUGCGAAAUGGCAAACAUACGACGACGACGACGACGACGACGUGCCGUCCGAGCCGGCUUGGGGCCCUUGGCGGAAGAAACCCGGCAGCGAGAUCGAACAAAGAAAGCUGGUCGAUAUCCAGGAUCAGCCGGCCGAGCAGGCUCCCGAGCGACAGCAUCGUCCGGGAGCCGGUGAAUGGCAACAACAGGAGAAUCUGGAGCAGCCGCUUUUCCGGCGAGAGCAGCCGGAUAAAAAUCACGGAGGCCUCGCGGAUGCACCGAAAUAUGGGAGCCGCACUCCGCCGCGGAACACGAUCGAUUUCGAGCAUAAACUGCCGCCGAGAUAUGACGACAGCGAGGAAACCGAGGAUGAGGAUUUGUACGAGGGAGUGCCUCUCGACAGUACGAAGCCACGCAAGGAGAGCAUCCUUCUGUCGCGAAAGCCGCAGCACACGAUCGCGCGGUACGAUCCGCGAUCGGGCGUGCAGUGUCCCGAUCGCAAUUCCACCGGGCAAUUUGUUUAUCCGCCCGACUGCAAGUUCUUCGUCAACUGCUGGAAGGGCCGCGCGUUCGUGCAACCGUGCGCCCCGGGCACGCACUUCAACCCCGACACCCUGGAGUGCGACUUUCCGCACAAAGUGAAGUGCUACGAGGGCGAGUCCGCCGGUUACACGCAGCCGAUUCACCCCGAGUCUCAGGUCGUCCGGAAUCCGCACAAAUUGCGAGAACCGAAAUGCCCGCCUUACCUGACGGGUUUGCUGCCGCAUCAGGGAGAUUGCAGCAAGUUUUUGCAAUGCGCAAACGGCGCGACCUACGUUAUGGAUUGCGGUCCUGGGACCGUCUUCAACCCCGCUGUCGGUGUAUGCGAUUGGCCACGUAAUGUGGAGGGCUGCGAAGCAGGCGAACGGCAAAAUGGUACCUUCAAAGCCGAGGAGGACGUUAAAGCACCGCUCACACCUCCGAGUCCGCAGACGCACCCUUACGAACACAAAUCGGAGUACACCGAAGUGAAGAGGAUCGCGUGCCCUGCGGAUUUCACCGGAUUACUGCCCCAUCCGGAGACGUGCAAAAAAUUCCUCCAAUGUGCGAACGGCGCCACUUUCGUGAUGGACUGCGGCCCCGGGACAGCUUUCAACCCUCUGACGACGGUCUGCGAUUGGCCGCACAAAGUACCUAGCUGCAAGACAGACAAACCCGCCGACGGGGCGCACCGGACAACAAAUGUCUUCCGGCCACCAUCCGCACCAUCUGGAGCAAGUGGCACCGUGUCGUGGUCGAGUUCCGGCCAAUACAAUCGCACCAGUGGCCCUCGCGGUCACGGCUCAUGGCCAUGGACGACGACGACGACGACGACGACGACUCCUAAACCGGCGUGGAGGCCAGUCACGACAAGUCCAAGUCGUUGGGCACCGAUGUGGACAACCGCGAGACCUCCCUAUGACCAUCCCGGACACUCCGCUAAUCACCAUUAUGGUCGCGUCUACGAGGACAGCCAGCAUCGAGACUACGAGCCGUCUCGUCCGGAAUGGCAGCCGAACGGCGGACACUUCGGGCGACCCGGCGACUACGAUCAUCACGCGUACGAUGACCGCUACGACGCUUCCCGGUGGCCGGGAAGUCCGGUCGCCGACCGGGGCCAGCAGGGUACUCGCCAUUUCGGCCAGUAUCCGGGACAGUCGUGGCCAGCCGAGCAUAGACCUCCCCCAGAUAAUCGGUACGGUCAGGACUACGGUCCUCCAGGUCGCCAUUAUCAGCAUCGUUAUCACGGCUACGGGCCUCCGCCACCGGCGAGUCCGAGUUGGGGCUCAGGCAGUGCCGCUGAUGGAAGCUACGGCCGCGACUACCACGGGGAAUAUAGUCCGCAUCCGGGCGGCGGCCAUUGGCCUCCCGAUGGCGAUUACCACCGUCGCCCGCCUUAUCGCUACGAUUAUCACUACUUCGAGGACCCAGCGGCGCCGGGCGAGCCGGAUCAGAGGCAGUUCCCAGCGUACUCGCCGCCCGGGGACGGGACCAAGUUUGGCGCCGACGGGAAUUCGCAGGCGAGUCGGCCCGCCGGUUAUGACUUCUCGUCGGGCGGACGAGAGGAUCACGGCAGGACGAGUCCUGGCUUCUAUCGUCCAGACUUCGAUCGCACUUCCUCGCCGGCUGGGAACGUUUUUCUAAACAGGGGCGAUCCACUUGCCGGCAGGUGGAAUCAGACCAGUCAUGGUCCACGGUGGGGCAGACCGCCCGCACCUCCACCGGGACCAGGAAGCACUCCGUGGAGUCGGCCCGACGGGCCUGGUUUCCAGCCGAGUGCGUGGCACGGUCAGCAAAGUCCGGAACAAGCACCCGCUCGUCCGUGGGAUCAAGACACUCAGGAGGACAAGUUCCAUCAGUGGCAGUCGGGAAGCGACAUUUACCAGCAAAGUACGGUCGACAGGGAGAACGACGCGAAAAUGGCGCAGUGGGCGUCGAGGACGAAUAUCUUUUUAAGCCCGAAGGGCCAAGUAGCUUCAGACUCGAAGAACGAGACUCAGCGUCCAAGGACGAAUGUCUAUCCGGCUGGGAUAUAUGUGGAUGCAAACGGCGUGAAGGGUCACUUCAUCACGAAGGAGAUUGAGAAGAACCGAACGCACCCGGAGAUCCAGCACUCGUACGACACUCGAAGACCUCUCGGUCGGAACGACACUUUGAACACUCCCGCUUCAACAGACGCUGCCAACGAUUACGCGCCGUCCACCGUCACAACGACGAGAACGGAGACCGUAAGACUCCCAAGUCAAGCUGUACCGUCGAGAAGAGGGAAGGUAUACGUUAACACCACCACGAGAGGAACAGGGCCACGUGGCUCUCGCAACGAGAGCAGGUCCAAUCUACCCAGUGUCUCGAUUGAAGAGGAUGAUUCUUCGGGCGCCACCGACACGAAGCAAAGUGGCGAAUUUCCGGACGCCGUCCCGCAGCAAGAAACGGACGAUUACGUGGACGUGUUGGACGAGAAGAACGAGUGGAAGCCCAAAUUGGUCUUCGAGAACAGAAGCGAGACCACCAGCACGGCUCCGUCGGUCAUCAUGAGGAUCACCCCGAAGAAAACCGACGUCGAGCUUUUUAAUAUCGAAGCGGCGCCGUUCAAGGAAGAGGAACCACCUUUCCCCGUUUAUUACGUGCCGCCGGUGCGGCCGUUGACUCAUUCGCGAAAGACCGCUCUACCUACACCCCUAUCUGGCCAGAUGAUUCGCUUGAGAGGCGGCUCCGGCCCUGGCGAUGGUUACGUUGAGGUCCAAGGCGCCUUGCCGGGUUGGGGCAUUGUGUGCGACUCCAGAAACGGCUGGACAUUGAAAAAGGCGCAUAUAGUGUGCAAACAACUCGGUUAUACCAGGGGCGCCGAAAUGGCUUGGCAAGGCAGAAACAAUCGCAACGGAGUGCCAACUUGGAUUGCGGCGAACACUGUAACGUGUCUCGGCAACGAGACCAGAUUUCAAUCGUGCAAAUUCACGCACAAUCGGGAGUGCCGCGUGGACAGGGACGCGAUCGGCGUGCAAUGCGUCUCGAAUCGUAUCGCGCAUUGCCGCAAGGACGAGAUACCGCAUGACGGACAAUGCUACCAUUUGGCCGAGCCUGUCGGAGGGUCGAAUCACGACGAGGUGUCGGACUACUGCAGGCGAAGGAACGCACGGCUCAUCGACAUCAUCAGCCAGGCGGAAAAUAACUUCGUGUCGGAGUGGCUGUCGCAGUCGUAUCCGGAAGUUAACUCGAUCAUGACUUCCGGCCUCGGCUUCAUCACUAUGAAUCUCCCUCUGUGGCUGUGGGGCGACUCCUCUCACGCCAAGUUCAAAUUUACAAAGUGGUGGCCCGGCUGGAUGAACGAUACGAAGCAGCCACCGGCGGUGGGAUCUCAUCCUCUUUGCAUCGUAAUGAAACGGAAAUUUCCAUGUCACGGACUAGCCGAGUCGACGUGCGUCGCGGAUUACUUCUUCUGGGACACGGAGGACUGCGAGGCCAGCUCGAGGGGGCACUCUUUCGUCUGCGAGAGACCCUACGACGACAUCGGCUGCGUGUACGGCAAAGGAAAUCAAUACACCGGCAAAGCCAACGUAACGCUAUCAGGAAACGAAUGUCUCCCUUGGGCCGAGCAGAGAAUCGCGCAUCAACUGCGCGUGAAUGUCGUUAGCGAGGAAGUUCGGAAGAAACUGAGGACGCACAACUUCUGCAGGAAUCCCAAUCCCGCCAAGGAGUCGAGGCCGUGGUGCUUCGUGGGACCGGGGACGGGGAAGCGCGAGUACUGCGAUAUUCCCGCCUGCGGAAAUAUCGACCCAAAACGCUCGACGUUGACUGGCCAAUGCAAGCCUAGACAUUUCGAAUGCAUGCCAGGAGAGUGCAUCCCAUCUCCGUGGGUCUGCGAUGGAGAGGAGGAUUGCACGAACGGGGCCGACGAGAGGAAGUGUGCGGUGGACCUGAGCCUCUUUGAAAAAUCCGCGAGGCAUAAACUCGAGGGCUACGACGUGGAAAAAUGGCUGAACACGCCGCUGAAGACCUGCGCUUUAAGAUGCAAGGAGGCCGAUUUCACUUGCCGCUCCUUUAAUCACAAAGCGGAGGGUAACAUCUGUCUACUCAGCGACAGCAACAUCGGCCUAACUGGCGCGCUCAAGCCCGACAGGCAGUUCGAUUAUUACGAAAGGACGGAGAGGAGCGUCAACUGCGACGGCAUGUACACUUGCAACAAUCGCAAGUGCAUAAAUCAGACCCAGGUCUGCAACGGCAAAAACGACUGCAACGAUCGCAGCGACGAGAGCAUGUGCACCGCCGAGAAUCUCGAUUACGAUAUCCGUCUGUCGGGCACAAAUAACAGUCACGAGGGGCGAAUCGAGGUCAAAGUUCUAGGACACUGGGGCCAGGUAUGCGACGACGGCUUCGGCAUGAUCAAUGCUGACGUCAUCUGCAGAGAGCUCGGCUUCGCUCUCGGCGCGCUGGAAGUCAGACCGGGCGGGUUUUACGGGAAUCUCGAGCCACCCACGAGAUUCAUGGUGGAUCAGCUCAAAUGUCGCGGAAACGAGACCACUCUGCGGGACUGCGACUUCAACGGAUGGGGCGUCCACAAUUGCCAGCCGGAGGAGGCGGUCGGGGUCGUCUGCAAGACCGCGGUCAACACCUGCCAGCAAGAUCAGUGGAAGUGCGACAGCGUGCCGAGUUGCAUACCGGCGUCGUUCAUCUGCGACGAGGUGGUCGACUGCCCGGACAGCUCCGACGAGAGUCCGCAGCAUUGCGACGCGCCGUUCGAGCUGCGCUUGGUGGACGGCGACAGCCCGCUGCAAGGAAGGGUCGAGGUGAGACACCACGGGGUCUGGGGCACCGUGUGCGACGACGACUUCACGAAUACCGCGGCGGCGGUGAUCUGCCGAUCGCUCGGCUACGGCGGCAAAGCGAUCGCCAAGAAGAACGGCUUCUUCGGCCCCGGCGACGGGCUUAUAUGGCUCGACGAGGUUUUCUGCCACGGCAACGAGACGCAGUUGUAUCGAUGCGAUCACAGCCACUGGGGCCAACACAAUUGCAAUCAUAACGAGGACGCAGGUGUAAUUUGCUCACCCGGAAACGUUAACGACACCGAGCGGUGGGCGAUGGUGCCGGAACUUCCGGAGCGAAGCAUCGACGAGAUACUCCCGACCAACUGCGGCCAGCGAGCUAAGGAUUUCAACGACGACGAGGACCUGAUCUUCGCGAAGGUGGUGCACGGCUCCGUCGCGCCGAAAGGCACCUACCCCUGGCAGGCUAGCAUUCGAGUGCGAGGGCACAGCCGAUCGAGUCACUGGUGCGGCGCGGUGAUCGUGUCGCCUCUGCACGUGUUAACGGCGGCGCAUUGUCUCGAGGGCUACAACAAAGGCACGUACUUUGUUCGCGCGGGGGAUUACAAUACAGACAUCGAGGAGGGUACCGAAGCGGAGGCCAACAUCGAGGAUUACUACGUGCACGAGGAAUUUCGCCUCGGAGGCCAUAGGAUGAACAACGACAUCGCUCUGGUCCUACUUAAAGGCCCCGGCAUCCCGCUCGGCAAGGAUAUCAUGCCAAUUUGCUUACCGCACGAGAACACCGAGUACCCGGCCGGACUCAAUUGCACGAUCAGCGGAUUCGGCAGCAUCGAGACGGGAAAGACGACGCAAUCGAAGGAUUUGCGGUACGGCUGGGUGCCUCUGUUGGACCAGUCGAUUUGUCGGGCUGGUUACGUUUACGGCGAGGGCGCCAUCAGCGACGGUAUGAUGUGCGCCGGAUACCUCGACGAGGGUAUCGACACCUGCGACGGCGACUCCGGCGGCCCCCUGGCGUGUCAUCAUAAUGGAGCUUUCACUCUGUAUGGAAUCACCAGCUGGGGCCAGCAUUGCGGCAAGGCGAACAAGCCUGGAGUUUACGUUCGCGUGGCGUACUACCGGCGAUGGAUCGACCGGAAGAUCAAGGAAUCGCUCGCGGGUAGAUAAAGCGCGGCCACGGAAGAUUCUCCGCAAAUUCCGCAUCGUACACAUUAGCAAGAAUCGCGAAUCGCAUGCUUUCGUUCACGACGAUGCUUGGUUGGAACACAACGAUAAUUAGAGAUAUACUUACUCCGUCACACAUAUACUUACCGACCUCCAGUCUCUUCGUUCUGUGAUGUUAUUUAUAUCUCGAGAGGCUUUGGCAAAAAAUAAAAACGCAGGUGUCGAUCGCAGGAUGCGCGGUUGCGAGGCAGCGAGGAAGGCAACGCCGACGGAGACGUUCGGUUGAUUUGCAGUUUAUUUCGUAAGACAUCUUCGUUUCUACAGUAAUUGUAAUUGUUGCUUUUUCCUGUCGCUGUUACAUGAUUGAGCCUAUCUUUUAUGUACAAUAGUCCCAACGUGUGUCUGACCCGAUUCGAUCCAAGGUAACAACUCAACGAGUGGCGUUUAUA